AUGAAAGAAUCUAAACAGGGCCAAACACCGAUCGAGGAUUUAGCUGAGUUGAAGAGUUAUUUUCAAUCUCACAAUGUUGUGAGAGAAUACAUUGCCCACAGUUCUAAAGUGCAUUCAGUUGGAUGGUCCUGUGAUGGAAGAAAGCUAGCUUCCGGGUCCUUUGAUAAAAGUGUCGUUAUAUUUAAUUUGGAAAGAAAUAGAUUGGCUCAAGAUUUCGUUUUCCGAGGUCAUACGGGUUCAGUUGAUCAGUUGUGUUGGCAUGCAUCGCAUCCAGAUUUACUCAGCACUGCGAGUGGUGACAAAUCAGUUAGGAUAUGGGAUACCAGGACACACAAAUGUGCAGCGGCAAUAUCAACUAAGGGUGAAAACAUCAACAUAGCCUGGUCACCGAGUGGGGCGACAAUAGCCGUUGGAAAUAAAGAGGAUUUAGUAUCAUUUAUUGAUACUAGGAACUAUAAAGUGGUAGUUGAAGAACAAUUCAACUUUGAAGUGAAUGAAAUAUCUUGGAACAACACCUCGGAUCUCUUCUUCCUCACAAAUGGUUUAGGCUGUGUACACAUUUUGACUUAUCCACACUUGGAGUUACAAACGGUAUUGAAGGCUCACCCCGGUACAUGUAUAUGUAUUGAACACGACCCCACUGGCCGUUACUUUGCUACGGGCUCGGCUGACGCACUUGUUUCCUUGUGGGAUGUCAAUGAACUCGCUUGUCUGAGAGUUUUCUCAAGGUUGGAGUGGCCGGUAAGAACAUUGUCCUUUAGUUUCGACGGUCGUCUCUUGGCUUCAGCGAGCGAAGAUCAUAUCAUAGAUAUAGGGGAUACUGAAACAGGAGAGAAAGUAGCAGAAAUCCCAGUUCAGGCUGCAACAUUCACAGUGGCUUGGCAUCCAUCAAGAUAUUUGGUGGCAUUUGCUUGUGAAGAUAAGGAACCUCCUGAGAGGAAACGGGAUGCUGGGAAUCUUAAACUAUGGGGACUUAGCAGUUAA